AAUUAUUCAUAAAUGAAUGAAUUAAAUAGUAACUGCAUUUGAGUGAUUUGACCAAAAUUUGACCACUAAUAAUUUCCUGCGGCAAAAAAUAAAAACAACAGAAAACAAAGUCUCCACGAUUCAACUAGCUCAACUACUGCUGUUGCAGUGAGCUUCUCCUCUCACAACAAUGGCGAUUUCCUCAAAUCACACUCAUAUCCUUCUCACUUUCUCCCUCCUCCUAACCCUAACCCUAACCCUCGCCGAAAUCCGAUCCGACUCACGACCCAUCAUCCCAUUCGACGAAUUCGGGUUCACUCACACCGGAAAACUCGACCUCAACGUCCCCCUCCUCUCUCUCCGACUCCAUAAAAAUGACCAAACUACCCUUCUCACGAACCCUAAACCCAACGAUCUCUCCCUUGUCGGAUUCUUCCUCUCUACUCGCGAUUCUUGGUACCAUGUUGUCGAUCAACUCAAUCAAAACGACAUCGUUUGUGCCCUUCAAUCGGAUCUUAUUAAACCCGUUUUUUCCUUUGAUCGUCUCAACAAUGGCGGAAUUACCCGUUUUAAUGUCUCUCUUCAAAUAUCCAACCCGAAUCUUUAUACCCUAGUUUUCGCUAAUUGUAUCCCUAAUCUUCAUGUUUCAAUGGAUGUUCAUUCUUCUAUGUAUAAUUUAGAAGGUAAAUCGUCAUUAAUUCGUGAUUAUCUUUCAGCAGGUAAGUCUAAUCUUCCUUCAAUUUACUUCAAUUUUGCCCUGAUUUACUUUGCCCUAAUUUUGAUCUGGGUUUAUACCCUUUUCUCGAAAAGAGAAGUAAUUUAUCGAAUUCAUUACUUUAUGCUUGCUGUUCUUGUAUUGAAAGGAUUGAAUUUGUUGUGUGAAGCUGAAGAUAAAUCUUAUAUUAAAAAAACUGGAAGUGCUCAUGGUUGGGAUGUUUUGUUCUACAUUUUUAGCUUUUUAAAGGGUAUUACUUUGUUUACUUUGAUUGUGUUAAUUGGAACUGGUUGGUCAUUUUUGAAACCCUUUUUACAAGAUAAGGAGAAGAAGGUUUUAAUGAUUGUGAUCCCACUUCAAGUAGUUGCUAAUGUAGCUCAGGUUGUCAUUGAUGAGACCGGGCCGUAUGGUGGGGAGUCAUACGCUUGGAUGCAAGUGUUUUUGUUCGUCGAUAUUGUUUGUUGUUGUGCCGUGUUGUUGCCCAUCGUUUGGUCGAUUAGGAAUCUUAGGGAGGCUGCUACUACUGAUGGGAAGGCCGCGGUUAACUUGAUGAAGCUGACAUUGUUUAGGCAUUACUAUGUUGUGGUGAUUUGUUAUAUCUAUUUUACAAGGGUGAUUGUUUAUGGGUUGGAGACAAUCACAAAUUAUCGGUAUCAGUGGACUAGUGUGGUCGCGGGUGAAUUGGGUACCCUUGCGUUUUAUUUGUUUACGGGGUAUAAUUUCAGGCCAAAGUCGUGUAAUCCGUACUUUGCUAUUGAUGAUGAGGAAGAAGAGGCUGCUGCUGAGAUGUUGAAGAUGGAAGGAGAUGAAUUUGAAUUGUGAAAACUGAAAAGAGUGCAUUUUUUUUUUGUCAUGCUCUUUUCAGAGUGUUGUGGUGCUUUUGGUGGUGUGACUUAGAAAGUAGUGAGGUGCAGCUUUCAAAUUGGAUGCUGAAUUAGUCAAUUUUGUGCUGAUAUCUUGUGCUUCCUAACCAACGAUGGAUCAACUUCGAUGUUGGUAUUGUAUUAUCUGUGUUUCUGUACUGUUUUUGCUGAAAGUGUCUGUUUGUAUUGUAAUAUCUGUGUUUCUGUACUGUUUUCUCUAAAAGUAUAUGUUUGUAUUGUAAGCUAGGUACUUAGGUAGUUUAUGUUGUCACACUAGUAGUGUAUGUAACGUGAGUACAAGUGCAAAAACCAUUUGAUGUAUCCACUGAUUAUAUAUAUUGAAGUUACAGAUUCUUGACAUUCUUUUAUC